AUGCGCGUCCCCGCGCGCGAUGGGAUCAAGCGCGUAAUCAUCAUCGCCUUCUUCUUCGCCGCAUCCGCCGUGGAAUUCGGCACGUAUCCCGUCGCGUCCGUCGUCGAGUUUCGCGUGCAGGCGCCCAGAUUUCCGACGAGUUCGCACCGGAAAAGCUUUCUGAGCGCGCGCGCGCGCGAGCGAGCCACCGCGACGGCAUCCGCGACGCGAUUCGGAGAAGCGUUCGGGUAUUCGUGGACCGUAGAGGCGCGUACGCGCGAGACGGACGGUCGGAAUGAGGUGGAGGUACGGGCGGCGAGAACGCGAGGACUCGGGCUGACGUCGACGCGAAUGUUCGCGUUCACGGUCGUGACGCGCACGGGAGUAUCUGCGCAAAGCAUGCGAGAUAGACUUGUCGGGACGAGCGGGCGCGAAUUGCCGACGUCGGCGCACAUUGAGCAGUCGCUGGUGGAGUCGACGCUGUCGACGGCGGAGUUGACGAAGAUCCCGGGGGCGUCUGGGGAACAUGGCGAUGUAGACCUCGUGAUACGCGUGCGUUUGUGGAGUAAUCCGUUUCACGUGGUGUUCAAGGACGAGGUGUACGAUGUGGCGACGAUUUUGGGGUUGACGACGUACGCCAGCGUGUUAAUUUUACGCGGGCUGUCUGAGUUGCGAGACGAACGCGAGAGGCGCCGAGCGGCGAGGAAAGUUCGAUUGAUGCGUUCGGAGAUUGCGCAAUUAGAAUCAGUGGCGAACGAAAAGGCGGACAAGCUGCGCAUCUUGUCGGCUAUUGCACGAGUCCCAUUUGUCGCGGUGUUUGAGACGGUUCAAAUUCCAAUGAGAGUCGUCGACUGGACCGCGUCUGCCAUCUCUGACAUUCUCAUCGAGACGGCAAAUUUGGUGCUGAUUGUCAUCUUACUUUUGAUGCCCCCGUCGCGCGAAAACGCGCCGAUGGCUUCAAGCGAGAAUCACGCGAAGCAGGCGACGGGUUCGAAGCAUAAUCGAAAACAUCGUCAAAGACCGCCGCGCUCGCCGAAACGCAGAAGUGAACUCGACCCCAAGAGCGAGCACGCUCGUAAAGAGUCGAUGGACAUAUUACUGAAACGUUUCGUCAUUGCCGAGGAAGACAUGGACGAGGAACGUCAGCGCGCGGCGAAAGAUGCGAUCGGUCAUGCCCAGGCGCAGAUGCGCGCGAAAAUGAAGCGCGAUCGAAUCACCGACAUGCGGCUGAGAGAUUCAAAGCAGCGUGAAGGUGAAGAUUUCGCGGCGGAACUUUUCGCCAAUGUCCCAGGCUUAUCCGUAGGCACGCGCGACAUGAGACCAAUGUCGUCAUCUUCAUCGGACACGCACGAGCGCCAGGCGAGCUGGGAGCUGCACAAUCGUCAAAAAAGCUUAAUUCACCACAUGCUGCAAGAAAUCGACGGUUUGGAACUGCCGCCGGAUUCCAAAACAACCGUACCGAUCGAAGAACCGGUGACGCCGAAGAGCUCGCACACCAAAAAUCCAAGCUUUGCUCGCGUAUGGAAUGCCCCGACGGGGUUCUAG